CUAGCGGGCUCUGGUGUACAGAAUCAGUACCAGUAGUUGGCGAUAGCGAGUCGGAGUCAGAAAUUAUUCAAAAUUCAAGAUGGCCAUGUGUCACGAUGGUUUCUUGAAUUGGAAUAGUUAACUUUAUUUGUUUUGUGUGAAAAAAGUGCUUUGCCAUGAUGGCUGACUUAAGUGUUGAUAUUUCAAAGUUACCGGACGAGAUAAGAGAUAAAUUAGCGGAGUUAGACUUGGAGUUAUCAGAAGGGGACAUCACACAGAAGGGCUAUGAAAAGAAACGCGCACGCCUCCUCACACCAUACAUUCCACAACAGCAGCCGCAAGUUGGUAGCCAGCCGCCUCGGGGUCCGCGAGGCGACGGCGGCAGCAGCCGACAGCACACGAGGAACCGACGCACACAUCGCCGCGUCACGCACAAUGAGAAGAGAUACCAUUCAGGUAUCCGAAACGGAGCCCUACGAUUGGUAGUUGCCACAGACACGCACACAAACACUCCUACCUGA